AUGAAAUUCCAUUGGAAAGAACAAAGUAAAUAUGUUGCUGAAUACCACACCGAUACAGUUGAGUUUUGCUCAGAUGGAUCAAUGGCUCUGUGUGGCAGUUAUGAGCUAAACAGUGAUACUCAAGAGCGUUUCGGUGGCUUACUGUUAUUCAGUCGAGUUUCAACUGAUUAUCAGUAUGUUUUAUCGAGUAAUAUAUCGUGUUCUGGUGUAUUAGAUAUAAGUUGGCUAAAUGGUAAUGUCGCAAUCGGUGCAUUGGCAAAUGGUUCAACAAAACUAUGGAACUGUACUAUUGAUGGUCCGUCGCUAAAUGAACUAAUAGAUUUUCCAGUAUCUGAUCAUAUUCUACUAUCUGUCGAUACGAGUUCGGAUAGAUUUGUUUUCAGUGAUUCAGGUGGGAAUAUUAGUGUGUGGAAGAUCGACGCAUCAUCCUGUUCAAAUCCUCAAUCAAUUAAUAAGUGGCCUGGGCAUGAGUUUGAAGCUUGGUGUGCAUGUUUAAAUAAAUGGAACAGUGAAAUAGUCUUCACAGGUAGUGAUGAUUCAAAAUGUUGUGUUUGGGAUUUACGUGAAGGAUGUAAAAAGCCGUUAAAUAUCAUCAGACAUAGUGUGGGUGUUUGCAGCAUUCAAAAUUAUCCUGACGUAGAUUAUUCCAUUUCUACCGGAAGUUACGAUGAUACUUUGUAUUUAUGGGAUUUACGUAUGAUUCAUUCUUCUGACAAGGUCACCAAUACUACCACUACUCCUUUACAGAAAUGUCAGUUCAAUGGUGGAGUUUGGCGUCAUAAAUGGGGUCCACAAAAUUAUGUUAUAGUCAGUGCAAUACAUGAUGGUUUCGCUGUUGCACACCUACCAUUACGUUCACCUUUUAAUCACAAAGCAGAUGAAGAGGAUUCUGUAUAUAAAUUUCGUUCGACCAAUGGACAAUUAGCCUAUGGUAUUGACUGGUCAUUCAAUCAUAAAAUUAACCAGUUGGAAAGUAAUUUUAUGAAAUCAACUGUAGUUUGUUGUUCAUUUUAUGACAAUACUAUAGAAUUCGGUGAACUUAUUAUUAAGUUAUAA